AUUGAAUACACUCCUCAUUACGUGAUCCACACCGACAGAACAUUAUCAUUUGUUUACAUGAUUAGCAAGCUGAAUAAAAUAGCUGAAAAGUAAACAAGAUUGUUUGAAGUUAAACAUAAGUUGUUAAAAUUAAUGUGAAUUGCCAAUUCAUGAGUGACUGAGAAAUGGAGGAAAGCGACGGACCUAUAAGCUUUGCUGAUCUUGGAAUCAAUGUUACAGAUUCCACCAAAGAUACGUGUUUUGGGAAGAUUCAGAGUUGUGAGAGACUGACGAAGCUUGAGAAAGUUUUUCUGGUUGUGACUUUGUUGUGUUUGGUUGCCUCCCUUGGUAUCACAAUAGAACGGUUGGUUGUGUCACCAAAAGAUAGCGCAGAUUUUACGUUUGCUUUAGUGCUUUUCAUUAAUAUUUUAUUCUGCAUUUACUACGUUUUAAACGGCGUCUUCUUUGAGCGGCCUUAUGAGAUAGGUAUACUUGUCCUAGCUACGGCCGUGGUUUGGUUGUACCUAGUGCUUAAUUACGCUAUCAGUGCAAAAGGUCCAUAUAAACUGGCUCGACUCAUCGUGUCUUCCUCCCUAAGUCCAUGUGUAAUCGUCAUGGGCGUGUUAAUAGCACGGAACUACCAUGAGUCGAAAAACCUGAUAUUUCGAACUGUCGGGGCGCAUGGUACUUUGCAAGAAUUGUGCAGAACAAUGUUUGUGUUUUUUGAUCUUUUAAAAGCUGAUUUGCAAGUUUCGUUAUCUCUAGCGUUGUUUAUUUUGACGUCUGGACAGAAACUGGAUCUAGAAGACACUAUCUUACUACCAUUAUCCCUGGUGUUUGGCCUAGCUUCUUUUGUCACAGGAUAUCUCUCCGUGCGGAUAGAAAAUAAACCAGUAGCUAUAGCAUACGCUGUAAUUUGGAUCACAAUGCCGGCGUAUGCUACCUAUCUGAUAGUGAGGGCAGCUAAAGACUUACAAUCUGUAGGCGACAACACGCAGACGAGAACUUCACUGAACGCUGUGAUUUUUGUGGCCGCUGUGGCGUGUUUACUGGUCAGAGCUGCUACUCUUUAUUUUGGAUUCAAAGCAUAUUUCAACUUUGGUAAAGGCUUGACACAGAAAGUGUAUGGAAGAUUGACAGAGGAAGUGUCGGUUAAUUCAACACAACAACCACAACAAGAACAAGCUUGAUUCAAAGGAAUUUAUUAUUUGAUCAUAUGAUCCUCGUUCACGAAAACCUUUUAUUUGACUCAAAACGGAUUUUGUGUACCAGUUGAUCAUUGCUAAAUGCUCCUCAUAAUGACACAACUUGGAACUGCGAAAUUGUUAAUAUUCAUAUUUUCAUUCAGCUUGUUGUUUAUAAACGUUCGGAACACCUCGGGCAACUUGUUACGAACUUGUCGAGAAAGGCGAGUUCGAAUUAUAGCUGCAGAAAUGAACGUAUGACACUAGUUAGUGUAUUUGUCCUAGCUUGAAAUACUCUACUCGGCAAUCAAACAGAAACCUUUUAUAUUUGUUAAAAGCCUUAUACCUAAGUAAGAUGAAGUAAGAUUCUUUAUUAGGCAUUAUUUACAUUAUGCGAUUUGAAAUGAGCCGCGUCACGACAAAACCAACAUAAUGGGUUUGCGACCAGCAUGUAUCUAGACCAGCCUGCGCAUCCGGGCAGUCUGAUCAGGAUCCAUGCUGUUCGCUAUCAGUUUCUCUACUUGUUAUAGGGUUUGUAAGCGAACAGCAUGGAUCCUGAUCAGACUGCGCGGAUGCGCAGGCUGGUCUGGAUCCAUGCUGGUCGCAAACCCAUUAUGUUGGUUUUGUCGUGACGCGGCUCAAAUACUAAUCUACAAAGAUUAUCACAGAAAUACCCGUCUGUGUAAAGUUAUUAAGAGCAUUAUAGUUUACCGGUAUAUUAAGUUUAUUUUAUGUGCAUAAAAAUAACCUGCCAUUUAUUUGUCUUACACAAAGUUAAGAUUGUAGAUGUAUAAUUGAGUAUUCCUGCGAAAAAUUAGAAAGUUGAACGAGGACACAAGAUGAAUAUUUUCAGCUACGUCAAAUACCCCCUUUAAGCUUGCCCUGCAGUACAUUACUUAUGCUUUUUAUCACAUGCUUAUUGUGUUGGUGAAUUUUUUUAUUAUGUAGUAUAGUAUGUCAUUUCGUAACCUUUUUUUAUGUAAAUACUUAUAUGAUUUUCUACAUCAUACUGCUUCAAAAUCGUUAUGAUUACACUAAGCAGGUAUGCAUUGUAUACAUCGAGUUGAGAAACAGCGAUGAGAUUAAAGGGAAUCCGGGAACCAGUCCCUAUAGCUCUUAUUGAAUAAAUCCCUUAGUUCUUUUAUAUGCCCGGUGUAUAGCACUGAUACAUGCAACGAUUACCUGGAUUUCUUACCAGGACACCUUUAUGUAGGUAGGAAACACUUAAAGUGUCUCUGAAAUAUUACAAGGGUGUUGCCCAGGAUCGAACCGGGACAUCUGGAGUGAUAAUCAGGGGUAUAAUUCUAUGUAAGUACAUACGUAGAUCUACAUACAUAGCAAACAGAGAAUCAAACAGUUGAGAACAUUUCACAUUCAUAGUGUUCCCAACAUAUUUUCAUGACCAUACAUGUACAUUUGUAUAUAAUACAUUCAUAUUUUUUACUCAGAUGCGUUUUAUUUUUACAUAAAUGGCAAGAUUACGAUUAGAUAUUUCGUUGUGCUUAUUCUAAAAUGUUUGGACAUUUUCUUAUCUUAUCAUAUGCUUUGUUAAAUAAUCAAAUAUCACUUUUUGUAUAUAACUGAUUAUGCCAUAGUUAUGUUGAAAAUAAACAAUAUUACUUAUA